AUGGCAGCCAUCAGUACCUUCUUCCGCCUCUUCCUACUGAUCUCCUUCGUGCCAGCCCUUGUCCCGCAGGAUACUACUGUCUUUGAUGUCGAGUUGGUCCACCGCGACUCCCCCAAGUCGCCACUAUACAAUAGCUCGAUGACGCCCUUCGAUUGCCUGCAGGCUGCUGCUGUCCGCUCGGUCAACAGAGCUAGCUACUUGGACACCUCCAUCGACAUAGAUCUUGGAUUGCUUAGUCAUGACGGGGAAUUCAUGAUGAGGUUCAGCAUUGGCACGCCAAACCUGCAAUAUGUGUGGGGUCUUAUCGACACCGGCAGCAGUCUAAGCUGGGUCGAUUGCGUUGGCUGCCAAUGCUUCAACAAUACUGCCACCCUAUUCAAUCAUAGUGCAUCCCUCUCCUACAAGCAGUUAUCUUGCAUUUCUAAUGAGUGCAGAAGCUUUAGCCAGGGUCGUUGCAAUGAUGAUCAGAUGUGCAAGUACAAUAUCGCCUACGGUGAUGGCUCCAACAUCAAUGGAAUUUUCUCCUCGGAAACCUUCAGUUUCACCUCAUUAGAUACCAAGCAAUCUACAUCCAUUCCAAAUGUGUUAUUUGGUUGCAACUUCUGGUCCUUGAUAACUAAAGUAAAUGACCCCGGCAGCAUCAUUGGGUUGGGACCUAGGCCGCAGUCUUUGAUCAACCAGCUUGCCCCUAAGUACAUCAGCAAGUACUUCUCACACUGCUUGGACAUGCUCGAUACGGGAGUCAAUAGCAGACUCUUCUUGGGACGCAGUAAAAAUACGGUCAUCGGAAAGACGACUGUCACGCCGCUCAUGACGCAAAACGGCUUCUAUGCCGUGCAGCUUAACGCCAUCUCGAUCCCGGAUGAGUUCGACAUCUUGAUUACUAGGAAAUCCAAGUUGAGUGCCGGGAACAUCAUCUUUGACUCCGGCACCUACAUGACCAUGCUAGACACUCAAGUGGUGGACCAGUUGGUAAGGGCAUUGACGGAUUAUGUUAGCUUGCCGACUGUAGAGAAUAGCCACUACAAAUUGUGCUUCACUGUGCUCUCGACAGACCAAGAGGAGAUGCUGCCGGGAAUGUGGUUCUCAUUUGAAGGGACAUUGGGGAACUUCAUGGUGAGCCCUCAAAACCUGUUUAGGUGGAAUGGUCAGCAUGUGAAAUGCAUGAUGAUAGUGGGAACGAAUGGUUUACAAAUCUUUGGGAAUAUUAUGCAACGAGAUGUUUUAGUUGGACUUGAUCUAGAUAACAUGGAAUUGACCAUUAUAGAGAAAAAGUGCACUGAGUUAUACAAAUCCUAA